AUGUCGAUUUACUUAACUGUAGCCUCCGAGGAAGAUUUACCGGCAAUUGCUCACAUAGCAACAUCUGCCUUUCACCCCGAAACAGAUGCUCUCUCCCGUCGCUUAUUUCCUCGCCAUCUACAGCCGACAUAUAUACCCGACGGCGAAGCAGCUUAUGACUGGCGCUUAGCGCGCAAAACAUCCAGUCUUGCAUCACCAGAGUCUCAUGUCAUUGUCGCAGUCGAUAAGGAUAAGAAUGCGGAAGAUCGCAUUGUUGGAUUUGCGCUCUGGGAUGCGCCCCCAGCUGAGGGGAACGAGUCUGGUCCAGGCAAGCCGAUAGAGUGUGCAGCACUCGACAAGGCAGCUUUUGAGGAAAUGAAAAAGACUGUGAAUCAGGAUGCUGUAGACACAUUCGGCGAGAAGGGAAUUGCUGGCGUCUGGCAUCUUGACUAUAUCGGAGUUGAUCUAGGUAAUCAGAGACGGGGAAUAGGAAAGAUGUUAUUGAAAUGGGGACUUGAACGGGCGUCUGAGGAAGGGAAGGACUGUUAUCUUGUGGCGACUGAAGCUGGGCGGCCAUUGUAUGUUGCCGCGGGCUUUGAGGAGAUUCGGACUGUCUCGAUCCUGGGGAUUCCACAUUACUCCAUGAUCAUGAGAGCCAAAAAGAAUUGA